AUGCUGUUCCGCAUAUUGGACAUUUGUAUACUCUGUCGUCCCGUUAAACUCCUUGUUGGAACCGACGAACAUGGACUGAAGAUUCAGCAGGCUGCAGCGAAGGCUUCGACCGAAGUCCUCACGUUCUGCAAUGAACUGAGCCAGGUGUUCAAGGACUUGUCGAAGAAGGCUAAUAUUAGCUAUACGACGUUCUCGAGGACCACAGGCGACAACCACAAGGAGCUAGUCGCCCAAGUCUGGAGGACACUGCUUGACAAAGGGUAUAUCUACAAGGGCGAGUACGAAGGCUGGUAUUCAAUAACAGACGAAUGCUUCUACACCUCUGCCCAAAUCGUUCAGUCCCCGACAUCGACUGCCGAAAACCCAGAAUACGUCUCCAAAGAAACCGGUUCAAAGGUCGAAUGGUCGAAGGAAUACAACUACAUGUUCCGCCUGUCCAUGUUCCGGGAUGCCCUCGUCAAACACUACUCAGACCGAUCCGUCGUUCAGCCAUCGCAGUACAACUCGGUCGUACUGCAGAUGUUGGGAGCGACGGAGGACAGUUCUGGAGUCGAGCUCGCCGACAUCUCCAUCUCGCGACCUAGGUCGCGUUUGACAUGGGGAAUACCUGUCCCUAACGACCCGGAACAUACCGUCUAUGUUUGGUUCGACGCCCUGUUGAUUUACCUCUCCGGAGUGGGCUAUCAGGUGUCCGGACCCCCGGCUGUCACUGGAUGGCCACCCAAUUUGCAGGUUAUUGGAAAGGAUAUCCUCAGAUUCCAUGCCCUGUAUCUCCCGGCCAUUCUGAUGGCAUUGGGUGCCCCAUCUCACGCUGCCCUCAAAGACCUCUCCGCUACCCAAAUCUUGGAGAAAUCAGUCGGCCUUCCCAAAACGCUCCUGACACACGCCCAUUGGACCGUCUCCCAGCAGAAGAUGUCCAAGUCCGUCGGCAACGUCGUGGAUCCCAUGCAGUCGGUUGACAAGUACGGACUCGACAUUGUGCGAUUCUACCUUGCACGAGUGGGAGGGAGGUUCCGGGAUGAUGUUGACUGGUCUUUCGAGCAGCUUGAGAAACAUUCCAAAGAACUUCAGUCACUGCUGGGCAACUACCUGCUUCGAAUCACCUCUGCACGUAUAACAGCGGCAGCCGCCGCUGGGUACGAGCAACAAAGCGAAGCAUCGCCUCACGCCCUCAACCUCGAACUGGCUCGCGAAGUGGACGCCCUGCCCCGCCGAGUUCAAGAGUUGAUGAACAAUCUGGAAGUAGCUGAUGCCCUCUCCUCGAUCCUGGACGUCUUGAAGCUGGCCAACAAGGUUAUCACCGAUAUCGCCCCAUGGUCGAAGACGUGCUCUCCGGCGCUCGUUUACGAGACUCGUCGAACUGCCCUGGACACCCUGCGGGUGACCGGUAUCUGCCUGCAGCCUUUCGUCCCCGAGACGUCCGAACGGCUUCUGGAUGCGUUGGGUCUCGCUCCUGAGGACAGGACGUGGCGGAGUAUUCUAGAGCCUGCCGGGAAAGGAGAAAGAGAUAAGUGGCAGAGCCGGGACGUGAAAAGUAUUCGGUUGUUCUAA